GUCCCUCGUUUUAGCAGUUAACUUGGAAAACAUCGUCAGGCAGCAGUCCAGUAAUACUGUCCAGUAAUAUUGGCUUCAUGGACCUACGUGGUUUGUGGUAAAAAAACGGCUGCAUGAACUUUCGGACAAGCUGUCACAUCGACACGUGAUUCAUCUUGCACUUUGUUGGUGUCUUUGCUGCUGGCAGAUUGAAAUCAAGGCUGAACAAGUGAGCUCUCGACAAUGGAUUGCAUCUUCGUAGCACAACUGUUUCUUGCUUUAGUGUUAAUUUACCAGCUGGUGACAUGGCUCAGGUCACGAUUACGUGUCGGUGACUACGACAAGAAGCACGUACAUGUGACAGGUUGUGGCAACGGUUUCGGCUAUCUCGUCGUUAAACGCCUGGACGUGUUAGGGUUCCGAGUGUUUGCCGCCUGUCGCACGUCACAAGCGGCGGAGAAACUGCAGGAAGAGACUUCUUCUCGCGUCACCACGUUGGUGCUUGACGUCACAAACGAGAAGAGUAUCAGCGCCGCCAGAGACUUUGUGGCCGCCAGACUGCCGGAGGGUCAAGGUCUGUGGGGUGUUGUGAACAAUGCGGGCAUCGUCGGUCCUAUCGGUCCAAGCGAGUGGGUGUCACGUGAUGGGUAUCAGACAUGUCUGGCGGUCAACCUGUUGGGCCUGAUUGACGUCACUCGGACUUUCCUGCCGCUCGUGCGUCGCGCGCGAGGACGUGUUGUGAACAUCUCGAGCUUCAUGGGAAGAAUCGCCGUUGCCAACUCUCGUUACACUGUGUCUAAAUACGGCGUGGAGGCUUUCUCCGACUGUCUUCGGAGAGAAGUGUACAGACAGGGUGUACAGGUGUGCAUCAUAGAACCUGGAGGCUUCAAAACAGAUUUGUUGAGACAGGAUAUUUUAUUCAAGUCAUUUAAGAUGUCCUACGAUGCCACACCCGCUGACAUCAGACAACAUUACCCAGAGUCGACAGUGGAAGCAGCUGGCAAUAUGGCCACCAGAUCCUCUGCCAUGGCUUCACGGAAGCUGCACCUGGUGGUGGACGCCUACGUCUUGGCUCUGACGUCACGGUUCCCGCCGACAAGGCAGCUGGUGGGCAGUGACGUGCGUCUGUUCUACCGCCUGCUGUGGAACUUGCCUACGCCCCUCACCGACUGGAUUCUCGUCAACUUAAAAGAGUUACUUGUAAACCAGUGAUGCCCAACCUUUUUCGGCCUGCGGGCCAAACACAUUUCCGACAUGCGUGUCACGGGCCGCUUCACCGCAAAAAUACAAAAAAAGAAAAAAAUAGAGCAG